AGUAUCUACCAACACUCCGUUGCUAUGAAAAACAUGCAAGUCGCCUUUUUCUCGAUAGAUAACAAAUAAAUUUAGUGCCUAGAACGUUUUUCUUAAUAUUAAAUAAUAUAUUAAAUUAUACUUCUGAAAUAUAAAAUAACUUUAAAGUGUGAUGCCUCCUCCUGAAACAAUGUACUGUGCCCAGCAGAUCAACAUCCCUCCUGAUCUGCCUAAUAUUUUAAAGCAGUUCACUAAAGCUGCUAUUAGGACACAGCCACAUGAUGUUCUGCAGUGGGCAGCUGACUAUUUCUUAGCGAUGUCAAAAGGUGAGGCUCUCCCAGUUAAGCAGAGACUGGAAAUGCCUGUGGCAACACAGAAAACAGACACAGGGCUUACGCCAAAUCUUCUGAAGACACUUCAUCAACAGUUGGCAUCCAAAGAAAUCAUUACAAAAGAGGAGCUUCUUAUAAAGUGGAAAGGCCUGUGCUUACCUAUUGAACAGCUUGACACCAUCCUUGCCCUGGGUAAUUUCAGUGAAAAUAUCAAUUGGAUGCAGUUUUUUGCCUUGGGAUGCAGCGCUUUGGGUGGGACCAUCACGAGUGCUUUGAAACAUGCAUGCGAUAUACUGACAGAGGAUCCUGAGACUGCUGAAGCCCAGAUUCCAUUCAACACAUUUGAGAGUUUGUACACGUACCUGGCCCAUCUGGAUGGAGAAAUUCCUGAAGAAAGGAUAGAAAGCUUCUUGUUCAUUCUACAGGAAAAUGCAAAACAACAAGGAGGAAUGGUGCUACCUUCAGAUUUUAUUGGCCUCUUUAACAAAACUAACUAGAGUCCCGGACAGAUGGCUCUCAUACAGUAUGCUGACAUAACUUUCUUGUUGAUGCCUAAUGUGACUUUUCCUGUAUAUUCUGAUUAAAACCUAAUAAAUCCUCAAACGAA